AUGAGGACAUACAAGCGAUUUCUCAUCAAUUUCACUGUGAGUAGCUCUGAUUUCUGCGAGCUGAAGUUACGUCGGAUGUUUGUAGGUAAUGGAUUUCCUCUUCGCAUUUUCAUUGGGAAUCCUGGUAAAACCAUAUCCGAUAUAUCCGUUUCAAGGAGCUAUCAUCGAAGGGCCUCUAAGAUACUUUGAAAAUCACGGCGCUGUUAUAUCGGUAAGCAACUGUUUUCCGUCUGUUUAUGUAAUACUAUAGCCAAAGUAUGACAACAUUUUUUCGCUAUAGCUAGAUUCGUGAUGAUUAUGGACCUAAUGUUUGCAGACAGCCUUCAUAAUCAAUAGUGCGGGCUAUGCGAUGUCCACUCAGUGUGCUUGCAUUAUUUAUCGCUUUGCCAUCCUUCAGGCCGAUCAACGGAUUUUAGAAUUUGUAAUUUCAUGGAACACUUGGAUUGCUUGUUACGUCGCAACUUUCUUUAUUACCGCCGGCACUGUUUUCUUGGCCAAUAAAAUGCAAGUCCCACAAAAUGUAGGCGCUCAAACUUUUUCAACCACCGUUUUUUAAAUUUUUUAGGAAGUUUACAGCAAGCUGCUCGAAGUCCAGCCGACCUACCCGGGAAGUGUGAUCCCGGACAUCUCGGGGAAAGUUGUGUUCCUACUCAACACUGGUAACGAAUUCACGGCAAUUGCCGCAGGCCUAGUUUUCUUCGGGUUUUUCGCGGCAGAAGUGAUCUCAAUUGGCUGCGUUUAUAUGAUUUUGAGAAUUUUGGACUCAAAAAAGGCUAGUUUCUCCAAGGUGACUUAUCGAUUACAUCGGCAGCUGACUAUUGCUUUGGGUAUUCAGGUAAGGAAAAGUAGCUCUGUGGGUUUUGUAAAAGUUUCUAGUAGUUUCUAGAAGAGGAAUUAACUAGUCUGGUCGUUGAGCCUAUAAAAACCCUAUGCAUAUUUUCUUGGGUUUAAAACUACAAAAAGAAACGCACAGCCUUGACCAAUUUCUAAUGUAAGCAAAAAUUUUUGACGAACAAGGAGGUUUGUCGCCGACCGCUGGCCUCAGAAAAAACGGCAAACGUCAUUGCAUAGAGCAGGACAAAAUUUAGUCUUCCACGAUAAACUUCCCUUGCAAGGGGCCACCUCGCAUAUGCCUACAAAAGUUCGAACCUCGGCUAUACAUUUUCGUCAAAUUAACUUCCACUGCCUGAUCUGAUGAGACCGUAUUUUAUAAAAUACAUUUUUCAGCUUUCAACCCCCUUCUUUUUCAUCAUCCUUCCUGUUUCCAUCGGAAUCAUUCUUGUUGCCUCAAAUUUUCGUGGAGGAAGUCAUGUUGUCAUGGAGUUGGCGAUACUUUUCAUUGAUCUUUAUGGUGCUGUAAAUUCACUGAUUACUCUGUACUUUGUGAAACCCUAUCGAAACUUCUUGGUAUUGAAAAUGAAACAAUUUCUCUUUACAAUUACUUGUGGAAAAGUCAGCUCAGAACCGGAGCCGAUUGUUGUUGCGGCAAUGGAAAAUACAGCCUCGGUGAUUGGGUAA